AUGAGUUCCACAAACGAUAUUCAAAAGCCUUGGAUCGAGACUCCACUAAUUGAGUCGGCAACUCUAUCCAAGCUUGCGGGAUGUCGAAUCUUCCUUAAGCUAGACCUUCUCCAACCAUCUGGCUCCUUCAAAUCCCGCGGCGUCGGUAACUUCAUCCACGCAAACCUCAAAUCGCACUCCCAAAGCCACCCACCCCAUUUCUACAUCUCAUCCGGCGGAAACGCAGGCCUCGCCGCCGUGCGCGCGGCGCAAGACCUGCACUGUAAAUGCACCGUCGUCGUACCGCACAGCACGAAGCCAUUCAUGAUAAACAAGCUGCAUCAGGCCGGCGCAACAGAAGUCAUCCAGCAUGGAGCCAGUUGGUUCGAAGCAGACACCCACCUGCGAGAACAAUUCAUCGACGCCGAGCAUAAUGCCGACGGGGCUAAUGUUUACGUACCCCCGUUCGACCACCCGCUUGUUUGGGAGGGGGCAAGUAGUAUGGUUGAUGAGAUUGCGAGACAAUUGCCCGCGCAGGAGGGUGCUGCAUUUGCCGCGGACGCGGUCAUUUGUAGUGUAGGUGGGGGUGGGCUUUUUAAUGGGUUGGUUGGUGGGUUGGAGAGGUGUUGGAAGGAUUCUCGGUCCGGGGCUGGUACUAGUAAGAAUGUGCGCGUGUUGGCUGUUGAGACGCAGGGUGCGCAUGCGCUUGCUCACUCGCUGCGUGAGGGGAAACUAUCUUCGCUCGAUGCGAUAACCUCGCAAGCUACUUCGCUCGGCGCGUUGCAGGUUUCGUCCCGGACGUUUGAGCUUGCGAGUAACCCGCCGUCCGGUGUGGAGGUCACGAGUGUUGUUCGGUCGGACGCGGAGGCUGCGCGUGGUGUUGUGCUGCUUGCUGAUGAGACGCGUUUGGAGGUUGAGUUGGCCUGUGGUGUGAGUGUUGAGGUUGCUCUUAGCGGGGAGUUGAAGAAGGUCAUUCCCGAUCUCAACCCGGAAACGCGGGUUGUUGUAAUUGUUUGUGGAGGUAGUAAUGUCUCUGCGGAGAUUAUUGCUGGAUAUAGAGAACAGUUGGCGACAGGCUGGGAGUAG